CAACUAGAGUGACAGAGAAAAGGGGGACUGACUGAGUUCUAUCAGUGAGAAAUCUGGGUGAGAAGCUUUACAUGUAGAGGCACAGGGGCUUGUGAUGAGAGGCAGAGGGAUACAGAGAGAAGAGGGAGAGUCAUAGAGAAGGAGGGAGAUUUACAGAGAGGGAGGAACAGUGUAUAGUGGAAGCUUUUCUCCAUCACACAGACACCAGCACUACCCAAGCCUUUGCAACUGGAAAUAUGCUGCCUGGCUCUGGGGAAACAGCUGAGGGAGGAUCCCAGCAAGACAGCAAAAUCCCAGCUCAAAACCUGCAAGAAAAGCAGGCACUGGAAGAGGCCAGAGCUUUCUAUAACAACCUGACUCCUACCAAGAAACCCAAAUUGCCAAAACCUCACAAUGCCAUCACGAUUGCAGUGUCAUCCCGUGCACUAUUCCUCAUGGAAGAAGAGCAGCGAGUGUUCAGAGAACAAGGUCUGGAGGAAUAUGUCCGAUAUCAACUGGAACACGAAAAUGAGCCAUUGAAACCUGGUGCUGCAUUCCGUUUUGUGAAGGCCCUGGAAGCUGUCAACGCCCAACUUCGUGAACUCUACCCAGACAGUGAAGACUUAUUUGACAUAGUUCUUAUGACCAAUAAUCAUGCGCAAGUGGGAGUGAGGCUUAUUAACACCAUAAACCAUUACAACCUUUUCAUUGAACGUUUCUGCAUGACCGGAGGCAAAAGCCCUAUUGGCUACCUGAAGGCAUAUGACACCAAUCUAUACCUCUCCUCAGAUGGAGAGAAAGUGCAAGAAGCCAUAGAGGAGGGUAUAGCAGCUGCAACCAUCUUUAACCCUAGUCAAAAUGUGUCCAUACAAGAAGAACAGCUGCGUGUGGCUUUUGACGGAGAUGCUGUUCUCUUCUCAGAUGAGUCGGAGCAGAUAGUGAAAGAGCAUGGGCUGGACAAAUUCUUUGAGCAUGAGAAGGCAUAUGAGAACAAGCCUCUGGCACAGGGUCCUUUGAAGGGUUUCUUAGAAGCAUUAGGGAAGUUACAGAAGAAAUUCUACCUCAAAGGGAUGAGAAUGAACUGCCCCAUUCGCACAUAUUUAGUUACUGCACGUAGUGCCGCAAGCUCUGGGGCGCGUGCCCUGAAAACGUUACGUAGUUGGGGACUUGAGACAGAUGAGGCCCUCUUCUUGGCGGGAGCCCCAAAGGGUCCCCUAUUAGAUAAGAUCCGGCCUCACAUAUUCUUUGACGACCAAAUGUUCCAUGUUGAGGGAGCUCAGGAAUUGGGAACAAUUGCAGCUCAUGUACCAUAUGGAGUGGCACAGAGACAUAAGCAGAAGGCCUCACAAAACACCAAGUGAGGCUGAUAAUCCAUUAAGUCCAUCUUUGCGCACUGUAAGGAAUAUCCCAGGUCUGUAUGUGUGUUAGUUUGUAAACUCAAUGUACAACUUCUUUGUUUUUGAGGAAAAUGAGCUUUGUGCUUCCUUUAUACAGGUUUGAGGGGUGCUGUGAUUAUAUGGAACAAGCGUGAAAACCACCAAAGUUAUACUAGUACAUGUUUACUGCUUCCAUGAGUGCCCAAACCAGCUUUUAGUGGCUGAGGCUGAUGUCCGGUA